AUGAAGAGGUUUGGCUUGGGGCCAGGUAAGGCCCAGGUUUUGUGUGCGAGGAGGGGCUACGUUGAUGCGGUGAGGUUCGCAGACGUGAAGUACCGGGAGCAACCGGCUACGGUCGCGAAGACCGAGGACCGGUUUGCCACGCAAGAACGGGUCUUCGAGGAGAACUCGGCGCAUGUGGCACCGCCCGAGAGAGAGGCGUUGUGGCGGCUACUGGUGGAGUAUAGGGACGUAUGGGAACACCCGGACGUAUGGGAACACCCGGAAGCGGGAAGGGUGAAGUACGAGGCUAGCUUCGAGGUGCACGGCACCCCCCACAGGGCGAGGGUGCGGCACUAUGAGCCGGAGACUCAGGUAGCUAAACAGCUGGAACUCGGAGUCAUCAGGCCGUCGAAGAGUGAAUGGGCCGCGGCGCCCCACUUCGUCAAAAAGAAGACGGGCGAGUGGAGGUGUGUGAUCGACUAUCGACGGUUGAACGAGAAGAUGGUCUCGGACUCGUACCCGCUUCCGAGAAUAUUGCACCACCUCCGGAGGGCUGCUGGGCGCAACGUGUAUGUCACGUUGGACAUGAACGCGGGGUUUUGGAAUGUGCCAAUCGAGGCGGGGAGUAGGCACCUGACGGCGUUUAUCACUCCGAUUGGCCUAUUCGAGUUCAAUGUGAUCCCGUUAGGUGUGAAGAACUCGCCGGCCGAGUUCCAACGAGCGAUGGACUCGUGCUUCGCCCCGGUGUUGGGAGACGAUGUCUUCUGCUACAUAGACGAUAUCGUCACAUGUGGGGACAGUGUUGCGGAGGUCAUGCCCAAACUGCGGAAGCUUUUGGACCUGUGUCGGGAGACUGGAUUCUUCCUACGGUUAGACAAGA